CCCAGGCUAAGCAUUACCCAUCCACGAUGUCUUUCCCUCACGAGAAAGAUCUCAAAAUCACACCGGCCAGCGGCGCCAGCGAAGAUGUCGCCGUUGGGCAUACAGAUCCCAUCAAGGCCGGGGAAAAUGACUACGAGAUCUUCAAGAUCGGGGAGGGACAGGUGGAUUUUCGCACCGUGAGCUGGAUUCGCGCGUCUGCCAUUUUCACCAAGCUGCUAUUCGCCACCGGCAUCUUGUCCAUCCCCUCCGUCAUGUACGACCUAGGCGCUUUCCCAGGGGCGGUCAAUCUAGUGGGUUGGAGUGCCAUUAAUGCCUAUGGGGCCCUCACACUGGGAAAAUUUCGCAAUGCACACCCCCAGUGUCACUCCGUGGCCGAUAUGGCCCUGGUGACCGGGGGGCCGAUCUUUCGAGAGAUCGUGGGCUUCAUGUUCAUCAUCUCCUACGUGAUCACGGCGGCGUCCGGAAUUAUCGGGGUCUCUGCUGCCUUCAACGCCCUGUCCUUGCACUCGAUGUGUACGGUGCACUUCUCACUCAUUGCGACCGUCACCAUUGCCAUAUUUGCCAGCGUGCGAAAGUUUUCGCACGUCGGGUGGUUGACAUGGGUCGGGUUCGCCAGUAUUUUGGUUGCUAUAUUCAUCAUUGUCAUUGGAGUCACAACCCUAGACCGUCCAGCGGCCGCACCACCAACAGGAGACUUCGACCUAGGAUUCCACGCCAUUGGGAGUCCAACCUUCGCAGCAGGCAUCACAGCAGCGGCAACAAUCUUCGUAUCCAGCUCAGCAUCCUCCGCAUUCAUCCCCGUAAUCUCCGAGAUGCGCAAACCCAAAGACUACCCAAAAGCCGUCUACGCAAGCAUGGGUUUCGUAGCCGCCUCCUACCUCGCCUUCAGCCUCGUCAUCUACCGCUGGUGCGGAAAAUGGAUCGCCUCGCCAGCCCUCGGCAGCGCCGGCGACACACUCAAGCGCGUGUCCUACGGCAUCGCACUCCCAGGCCUAAUCAUCAGCGGCUCGCUAUACGUCCACGUCGCCGCCAAGUACCUCUUCGUGCGGAUGCUGCGCAACUCACGACACCUGCAAGCGAACACGCCCACCCACUGGGGAACAUGGCUAGGCUGCACGGUCAGCAUGUCGGCGAUAGCGUUCGUCCUCUCCUGCGCCAUCCCCAUCUUCACCUACGUGCUCGCCCUCGUCGGCAGUCUCUGCUUCGCCCCGCUGUCAAUCAGCUUGCCCGGGUGGCUCUGGCUGUGGAGCCACGGCAACUACCGCCGCGGUUGGGGGGUCCGCCAAACUAUCAUCUGGGGAUUACAUGUGGUGCAGGUUCUCCUGGGCCUGUUCAUGAUGGUCGGUGGUACCUACGGGGUGAUCGUGCAGAUAUUGGGCGCUUAUAACAGCGGACGCAUCGACAAGGUGUUUUCCUGCGCGGAUAAUAGCGGGUCUGUUUAG